AGUAGAAUCGACGAGGUCAGGGAGCAAGAUGAGCUUCCAGCGGUUGUGGGCUGUGCGAACACAGUUUCUCCUGCUGUGGUUGCUGCUACCAGCCGUGCCUGUUCCGUGGGCCAAGGCCAGGAGGUCCAGAGUCUCGUUGCCCUGUCCCGAUGCCUGCGAUCCCACGCGCUGCCCGCCUCUGCCUACCUGCUCGGCCGGCUUGGCGCCGGUACCUGAUCGCUGCGGCUGCUGCCGAGUGUGCGCCGCGACCGAGGGCCAGGAGUGUGGCGGGGCGCGGGGCCGGCCGUGCGCCCCGAGGCUGCGCUGCGGCGCCCCGUUCUCCCGGGAGCCCUCGGGGGGCGCGUGGCUGGGCACCUGCGGCUGCGCAGAGGGUGCGGAGGAUGCGGUGGUGUGCGGCAGCGAUGGGCGCACCUACCCCAGCCUGUGCGCGCUCCGCAAGGAGAACCGAGCUGCUCGCCAGCGGGGCGCGCUCCCCGCCGUGCCAGUGCAGAAGGGUGCCUGCGGGGACGCAGGGACUACAAGAGCAGGGCGGCUCCGGAGAAAGUACAACUUCAUCGCCGCUGUAGUGGAGAAGGUGGCGCCAUCUGUGGUCCACUUGCAGCUGUUCCGCAGAUCACCUCUCACCAACCAGGAAAUCCCUUCCUCCAGUGGCUCGGGGUUCAUAGUGUCUGAGGAUGGGCUCAUUGUCACCAAUGCCCACGUCCUCACCAACCAGCAGAAGAUCCAGGUAGAGCUCCAGAGCGGGGCCCAGUAUGAAGCCACGGUCAAAGACAUCGACCAUAAACUGGACCUUGCACUGAUUAAGAUCGAGCCAAAUACUGAGCUUCCAGUACUGCUGCUGGGCAGAUCCUCUGACCUCCGGGCUGGAGAGUUUGUGGUGGCUUUGGGCAGCCCAUUUUCUCUGCAGAACACCGUGACUGCAGGGAUUGUCAGCACCACACAGAGAGGCGGCAGAGAGCUGGGACUGAAGAAUUCAGACAUAGACUAUAUCCAGACGGAUGCCAUCAUUAACCACGGAAAUUCUGGGGGUCCGCUGGUGAACUUGGAUGGCGAUGUGAUUGGUAUAAACACUCUGAAGGUGACUGCAGGGGUCUCUUUUGCGAUCCCCUCUGACCGGAUCAGACAGUUCCUGGAAGACUAUCAUGAGCGUCAAUUGAAAGGAAAGGCUCCUUUGCAGAAGAAAUACCUGGGUCUUCGAAUGUUGCCUCUCACUCUGAACCUCCUUCAGGAAAUGAAGAGGCAAGAUCCAGAUUUCCCUGAUGUGAGUUCUGGAGUUUUUGUAUAUGAAGUGAUUCAGGGAUCAGCUGCUGCAAGCUCAGGGUUGAGAGACCAUGAUGUAAUUGUCAGCAUAAACGGGCAACCUGUCACCACCACAACUGAUGUCAUCGAAGCUGUUAAGGACAAUGACUUUCUCUCCAUCAUUGUGCUCCGAGGAAGUCAAACCUUGUUUCUGACAGUCACACCUGAAAUUAUCAAUUAAGUAUCUGACUUUGAGAAACUGGCUAGCGAAACCUGGUUACAUUACCUGGUUUCUAUCGAAGACAUGCCAGAGAUGGCAGGGUCCUCUGGAGAUCAAGAAAAAUGGAUGCUUUAAAUGCAGAAGUUCAUGUUUGUACACACACACACACACACACACACACACACACACACACACACACACACACACGCAUACUCUCUCAUGGAUCCUGAGGUUGAGAGAGCUUUUCUGCUGCGAAAACCUAACUCAAGUGGAA